AUGGCUGCCGCCAGCGACCGUGCCGCGGCCGUUGCCGCCAUCGAGGCCGCCAUCGCAGCCGAGAUCGAGCGCCACGCCUCGGUCCUCGGCGCACUGUACGCGCAGCUGACCGAGGUGCUCGACAGCGAGCCGCGGGCAUGCCUCGACACAGUAGCUCUUCCGCGAAGCGUCCUUGCACCGCUUCCACUUGCUGCGCUCGAGAGCAGCCGCAACGCGAGCGGGCAGGACCGGGGCGGUGCCGGCGUAGGUGCAGGAGUGGCGAGCGCGCCAAAGUCGUCGGCGGCGCCUGCGCUGCCGGCGUCGCCGUCGGCAGCGUUUCCAGGCGUAGCGCGGGCGCUGGCGCGGCGGGCAGCACGGCGGCAGCUGGCACCAUCACCAACAAACCGGUCGCGGGCGCCGAGGCUGACGUCGUCGACCGCGGCCAAGGUGGCCGUGGCGCGAGCGGGCGCACAGGUCUCGGCGCAGGUUGCUUCGCGGGUGGUCACUCGCGCGUGGGCCCGCUGGCGGGCGGCUGCGCAGGCUAGGGCGACGCGGAGCCAAGCCGCAGCCCGAAUCCAGGCUGUGUGGCGGGGAUGGAAGACGUAUCGCGAGACUGCUCCGCUGCUGGAGGAGGUCGCGGGCCGGCGGAGGGCGUGGCGGGCCAAACUGUCGCUCGGCGAGCGACUCUACGGCACGCUCGCCUGGCAGCACACUGGGCGGGCGCCUAUGAGCUCGCGAAGCAGUACUAUGCAUGGCGGCUGA